AUGCCAUCCGACCCAUAUACAGACAUCGAAGCUGUUUCGUUAGACCCAGUCAACCCCCGAUUCCGAUGCAACGCUUGCAACACCCGCGGCAUGGCCAACUACGAGCAUCAUGUCAGAUCGUCUGCCCACCAGAACAAGGUCGCGAGGUACCUCUCACGCAUUGCCGCCAAAGAACAAGCGCUGGUUGGAUUAGAAGCACAAGAAUCCAGGGGAAUAGAUCCACCGGAGGCCCUUGCCUUGGACGCAGGGCUAGAUUUUGAACCUGAUCCUAAUCCGGAAGACGCAAUAGGCGAUCCGCCAUCUCCCCUCACCUAUCUCCGGUCACUGCAAUCUCCUGACGUCCUUGGCGACCAAUUGCUCAACCAUCCCACGGAUACUGAUGAUCCCGAUGCACGCAUCCGCUUCAACAUGCUUUGA